AUGAGUCUUGAGUACGGUUCUGGCUACCCAGAAUGUCUUGUGUACGACACUACAGAGUCAAUCUAUGACAACAUCCUCACACCAGAUGGGAAUGGGCAGAAAUUCGCCUUUUUCAGUUUUCCUGACCCUGGCCCAGGCUGCAAGUUCGUUCUUAGAAGCCCAGCUGGUCGCUCGAUGGACGAAUGUGGUAGAACUCUACUGUCCGUCGGUGGAGCUGCUUGCCAGCGUGUGGCUUUGUCGUCGACUUUCAUGCUCCAGUUCUGUUGUGGUCCUGGUGACUGCGAAGCAGCGGCUACCAAGCGCAGCGAUAUCUUCUCACGCUCCGCAUCAGGGGGUGCGCUUUACCUAAAAAACACAACCACCGGAGAGGCCAUCAGCCCAUAUGAACAGGGCCCUCCGCUUGUCGGAGCGACUAAGCAUACAAAGCGCGACUGCGGAGAGUUUGUUGUCACAGAAGGGCCUUACACAAGCAUCGGACAGAGUCAGCGAGUUUCCGAGGACACAGGUUGCGGCCCUAUUGAAGAGUGCGAAGCUACAGUCACCAAGACCGCGACCCAAAGUCGCACCCUAAGUGUCUCGCUAUCUGUUGGCGAUCCAUGGGGAGUUAUCUCGGCGUCCGUCGGAGUUGAUUUCACAGAAUCUUCAAGUUAUUCGAGCGCACGUCGCUUCCCGAUCCCCGAAGGUGGCACUGGCUAUCUCGUCUACACGCCCUACACUCUUUGCUACGUGGGUCAUCCGGCGAUUGCGCUGAUCAGGGAGUCGAAGUUGAGGUCUGUUACCCUGACACUGAUGCGGACGGGAAUCUCAGGGGCCAGUUGUCCUCUGCUCUGUCUGUCUCCUAGAGAAGGGAUUCCACUACGCUGA